AUGUUCCGGCUACAUCACAGUGCUUCUGAUACAAGUGACAAAAACCGUGUGAAAAGCAGACUGAAGAAGUUCAUCUCCCGAAGACCUUCUUUAAAAACUUUGCAAGAAAAGGGAAUCAUUAAAGAUCAAACUUUUGGCUCUCAUCUGCACACAGUGUGUGAACGAGAACAUUCCACAGUUCCGUGGUUUGUAAAGCAAUGCAUUGAAGCUGUUGAAAAAAGAGGCCUAGAUGUUGAUGGGAUAUAUCGAGUUAGUGGCAAUCUGGCAACAAUACAGAAGUUAAGAUUUAUCGUCAACCAAGAAGAGAAGCUGAAUUUGGAUGACAGCCAGUGGGAGGACAUCCACGUCGUCACCGGAGCACUGAAGAUGUUUUUCCGGGAGCUGUCUGAACCACUCUUCCCUUACAGUUUCUUUGAGCGGUUUGUGGAGGCAAUCAAAAAACAAGACAGAAAUGCAAGAAUUGAAACUAUAAAGUCUCUGGUAAAAAAUCUCCCUCCACCAAAUCAUGACACCAUGAAAGUCCUCUUUGGACAUCUGACUAAGAUAGUGGCCAAAGCCUCUCAGAAUCUCAUGUCCACACAAAGCUUAGGGAUUGUAUUUGGACCCACCCUUCUGCGAGCUGAAAAUGAGUCGGGGAACAUGGCGAUACACAUGGUCUACCAAAACCAGAUAGCAGAGUUCAUGCUGAACGAGUAUGAUAAGAUCUUCAGCUCAGAGGAAGACUGACAGACAAGACAAGCUACUGAGUAUGUUCACAUCUGUCUUGAUGCCUAAUAUUUUUACAUUUCUGUAAACAUAUUUCUGAAAUAUUUUUUCCUUCCAAGCGACAGAUGCUUCAUUUUGUGAAAACUUAGUGAUGAUUUUGUAUUUAAGUUCCAAACAUUUGAAUAAAAUAAAUGACAAUAUUUUCCUAUAUGUGUUCUACAUUAACCCCUUGAGUGUUGUUCCUUUUAGCAUUCUAAAUGUCUCACACUCUUAAAUAGUGUGUACAAGACAGCACCCAGGCAUAGCUCCUUGGCAUCAGGUAUUUGUUGAUGUGUGUGCAGAUAGGUGAGUAUGUAGAGAAGUUGUGGGUAGGUAUGAAUGUGUGCCUUCUCAAGAUCAAUGUGUCAGCUAUGUCCCCACAUGCCUAAGCCUCCACAGAGAGAGCACAAACAAUAUGAAGGCAUCUAUGUUCUCAAUCAAAAGAGUCCUUUCAUCUUCAAGAGUACAACACAAUGAUCAUCGGUGAUGGGUGAGCUUUGUAAAUACAUGUUGAGUGGCAACUUCCCUAAAGAUCAAAAGGACAGUUUAAGAGAUUUGUUGUUGGACAGCUCCUUUUUGUGUGUGAGUCCUAUUUUGGUUCCACAAACGUACCAUUUUGUAAAUUAAAUGGAUUGAUCUUUAUUUUACACAGGAACUGCAUUUCUAUUCCAUUUUGAGUCUUCAUCAAACUGUGUAUCUUCCCUUUCCCCAACUAUGCCAUUUUAUGUAGAAUUUUUAUUUUUAUUAUGUUUUGAAGGAUAUUUUAUUGGUGAGUUACACUAAUUCCAGCUAGAAAGAACUGUUUUUAAAUGCUUGGAUUAGUAUGCCCUAAGGAUUCCCUAACUAGACUCAUAUUAUCUUAUCCAUUUGAUGGUUACUUUCAGUUGUGAUUGAUUAAACAAAGGGAUAACUGUCUAGAAUAUAUCAAACAUUGCUGUAUUUUGAAAAGUAUGUUCUAGCUGAACACAUC